AAGAUAAUAAAAAUGAAUCGAAGUGCAUGGAGGGUCUCCCCACAAUCUUUCCUUUUCAGUAGUGAGUAGUGAGACAGGAGCACAGAUCAGCCUCUGUUCCCUUGGGAUCUCCAAAAUCUCAAUUCCACAUUGACCGUUGAGCUGAGAGUAUCAGAUCUUUAAAAAGAUAUUUGGUGGGGUUGAUCAAUUAUCAACGGACAAUAAAUAAUUGAGCAUUUUUCUUCUAGGGUUUUGAUGGGUAGCUGUUUUCUUGUUCAGAAAAGAAGAGAAAGUACUAGAGUGGGCUAGACUCCAGUUUUUGACUCGUAAUAGGGAUAUUUCAGUUGAGGGGGGUUGCCUGUGAGUUUGAGGAUAUGGGAUGCUUUGUGUCGACGCCAACGGAUACUGGUGGAAAUAGGAGGAGACCUGGAAACAUUGGGGAGGUUUCUGUGUUUAUUCCGGGCUUUCGGAUUCCUAAACCCCUCGAUUUCUCCCAGUCACUUGGGGAUCACUUGUCUAAAAAUCUACUGGAACGUUUGACUGCUCUUAGGACCCGAAUUGUUGUGAUGGCCGGCCAUGAAGCACCAACAAUUACACGAACAAGGAGGAAGACUGCCACCCAACAUGGGGGGUCAACAUUGGCCGAUCUUCUGCAGGCACUUGAAGAUUACUUGCCCGUUCUUUUGGGAUUAGUCAAGGAUGGAAGCCAGCUACAACAUAAAGUACAAUUUGUUUGGGUUAAUCAGGAGGAUGAUGCAGAGGAAACAACCAUGUCUAAUGCUUGGUACGAGGUUUUGUCGGUUUUGCACUUGAUGGCAAUGCUAUUGUUAUCACAGGCAAACUUACUGCUUCUUCCACGAACAUCUUCUGAUGGUUAUCAGCCAAAAGUAUCAGAAGAGAGCAGGCGAGCUUCCAUUGACAUUUUCUUGAAGGCAGCAGGGUACUUGGAUUGUGCCGUAAAACAUGUUCUCCCACAGUUGUCUUCUGAACUCAGGAGAAAUCUACCAGUAGACCUAGCAGAAGGAGUUCUACGAGCACUUUGCCUGCAAGCAUUGGGGCAGGGUGUUGAUAUCCAGCUUGGAAUGGCUAUUGAUAGUACCAAGGCUACACUUGCAGUAAAACGGAGGCUUGCAUGUGAGAUGGUAAAGUAUUGGCAGCAGGCUCAAGAUAACAUUAUGAACCUUCCAUUAACUAACGGAUGGGGGGAAAAGCAUAAGCUCUAUGUGAAGUGGAAAUAUGUUGAAGCAAAGGCUACAGCAUAUUACUAUCAUGGUCUAAUACUUGAUGAAGGAAACACAGAAAAAUCUCAUGGGAUGGCAGUAGCUGCUUUGCAAGCGGCGGAUGAGUAUCUCAAAGAAAGUAAGAGGGCAUGUGAGGCCUUCAACAUGGCUCCUCCUUUGUCAAGAAAUCCACCUCUUUGGGGAACCAUGAAGUAUCUAUCUGAGAAGAUUCCUAAAGAUACUUCUAGCAAGGUUCGCAUCAACCGGGAUCUAUACUCGCAUGAAAGAAUCAUGGAGACAGCACCACAACUGCCUGAUUUUGCUUUGGCCCUGAAACCCGAUGAAUACCAACUUCCUCCAGUGGACCCUUCUUGGAACGACAACAUAAACAAGGGGCAAAGUGCCACCAACCAGCUCAAGACUGACCGAACAUAAGCCAUUGUGAUAUUUUUCUGGGGCAAAACAAGGCGGAGUAUUCUUCAAUUGUUGUGUAUCAAAAUGUCAAUGUUAACUGUCCUUUUUCUUUUCCCAAUUCUAUUGGUUUCCUUUCCCAUGAAAUAUAAUAACUUUGAUAGAGCUUUGUACAAGUCCAUGUUGUGUGUAAAUUAAGAAUUGCUGGGAAAGGGGAUGGUUUUCUUUUGUCAUAUCCCAAAUAAUGUGUAUACCUUUUUUGUUCAUUAAGGUGAGCCAAAGUGAGAACUUUCCAUUU